AUGGAAUAUACAAGGCUUGGGAAAUCUGGACUCAAAAUUUCCAAUAUCGUUUUUGGAACUAUGUCGCUGGGUCGUCCAAGUGACCAAAUGCCUUGGACUAUUGAUGCAGAGCAAGCCUUGCCCAUCCUCAAACAUGCGUUCGAUCGAGGCAUCAACACAUGGGACACUGCUGAUAUCUAUUCCUACGGCGACUCGGAACGCAUAGUCGGGCAAGCGCUUAAGACGUACAAAAUCCCUCGCGAGCGAGUCGUCAUUUUAUCCAAAUGUUAUGGCGGUACUCCUUUUGAAGGGGAGUUUGAUGAUCUUUCGGAACAGGAACGACUCGUUCUGAUGACACAAAAUACCGGACGAAUGGUUAACCGCAUCGGACUGUCUCGGAAGCACAUCUUUGAUGCGGUAGAUGCGAGUGUAGAGCGUCUAGGGACCUACUUGGAUGUUCUCCAGAUUCAUCGCUUUGACCGUGAAGCCCCACGCGAGGAGAUAAUGAAGGCUCUAAAUGAUGUUAUUGAAAGCGGAAAAGUGCGCUACAUUGGCGCAAGCUCGAUGCACGCCUGGGAGUUCCAGGCCCUCAACAAUGUUGCCGAGAAGAACGGCUGGCACAAGUUCAUUAGCAUGCAGGAUUACCACAGUCUGUUGCACCGCGAAGAAGAGCGCGAGAUGCAUCCUUAUUGCCGCGAUGCCGGUAUUGGCAUAAUCCCCUGGUCUCCUCUGGCCCGUGGCCUCUUGGCAAGACCAUUCAGAUCUGAUGCAGCCAAGACAGAACGCGAGAAGACGGACUACUACGCCCAACUUCUUAUAGGUCCUACCACGGAAGAAGAUAUUUCGACCAUUCGCCGCGUGGAAGAGCUCGCACAGAAACAUGGCUGCACGAUGGCGCAGGUCAGCCUGGCAUGGUCGCUGAGGAAGGGAGUCAAUCCAAUUGUUGGAUUCACUAGCAUUGCGAGGGUUGAUGAGGCUGUGGAGGCCGUGAAGCUACUGAAGGAUGGUCUCCUAGAUGACGGGGACAUGUCGUACCUAGAGGAGCCGUAUAUUCCCAAAGCCGUGCUGGAUAGUGCAUGGUAG